GAUCGCGAUGACGUCACCCCCAGCCACAAUGGCGGCCUCCACGGUUGGCGACGGCUCCGCUUUGGUCGUCAUCGGCAACAUCCCCGGCGCGUUUCGCGCCGCGGACCUCAGGAACUACUUCUCCCAGCUCGUGGAGAGCGGCGCCUUCCACUGCUUCCACUACCGACACCGGCCCGAGCGCGCCGAGCCGAGGCCGUGCGGGGAGACGGAGGCGAGCGGAGACGCCGAGGGGGGGACACAGGUGCAGGGGGUACAGGGCCCCGGGACCUCGGCCAGGACUGGGGAUGAGGGAGCCGGGACUCGGGGCUCGGUAGAGGGACCGGGGCCCCCGGCUGAGGGAGGGAGACCCGGGACUGGGACCCUGGCCACGACUCCCGGGCCACGCCGCCGCUCGAGCUGCUGCUGCGUGGUUCGCGUGCGCGCGGGGAGACUCGGGGAGCUCCUGGCCUCCUACUCGGGCCGCCACUGGGUGGACGCGGCCGGGGACCCCGUCCCCUCGCGCUGCCUCGUGCGCAGAGUGCGCGGGGCCCCAGAGGCCGAGUGCGGAGCCUCGAAGUCGUCGCUCUUCCCGUACGCCGCUCACCGCCGGCGCCAGGGUGCCGCGCCCGCCGAGGUGACUGGCAGCGACCUCCUCCUCCUGCCCGAGCUCAACCCCCCAUCCCUCAUGCCCCAGGGCAACGUUGGCACGCCCUUGGGCACCUUCCUGCAGCUGAUCCGCUCGUGCCGCCUGCCGCCCCGCAUCAUCACCCGCCUGGGCCUCUCCUUCCCCAAGACGGGCUCGUCCCGUCGCUACGGCAACGUGCCGUACCGUUACGCGCUCGGCAGGACGGUGCGUGUGGCCGACAGCGUGCUCACAGGAACCGGGGCCGAGAUCGCGCCAGGCGGUGUGACGCUACCGCCGCCAUCCCCGUCGUCGCGGCUCCAGGGAGAGCGGACGGGAGAGCGGACGGGAGAGUCGCAGCAGGGAGACCAGCAGCAGGGAGAGCAGCAACAGGGAGAACAGCAGCAGGGAGAGCGGCGUGGGAGCGAAGCCGGUGGCCGUACAGGGAAGGAGAGGAGGGGAGGACGGAGCCUGCGGAGGAGAAAGACGGAGCUGCCGAGUGAAGAUGAGGAGCCUGAAGAUGAGGAGGAGUCGCACUCGGACGAUGACGACGACUCGUGCGAGGAGUGGGAGCGGCACGAGGCGCUGCACGAGGACGUGACGCGGCAGGGCCGCUGCGAUGAGCGCCUCUACGAGGAGGAGAUCGAGCUCAAGUGGGAGAAGGGAGGCAGCGGCCUCGUCUUCUACACCGACGCGCAGCUCUGGAAGGAGGCGGAGGGCGAUUUUGAUGCCCAGACGUCGGACGACUGGGACGUGGACAUGAGUGCGUACUACGACAAAGACGGAGGCGACAUGGAUGCGCGCAACUUCGUGACGCUGCGGGAGGAGGGCCGGCGGCGGCGCGGACUCGACGAUUCGGCGGAGCUGGAGGCGCGAAUCGGCGGCUUUGAGCGGCACACGCGGGGUUUUGGGCGCCGACUGUUGGAGAGGCAGGGUUGGCGGGACGGCCUCGGGCUGGGCGGCUCGCGCAGCGGGAUGGCUCAAGCGCUGGAGGGAGACGGGCAGCACCCCAAGUGCCGACACGGACUCGGCUAUCGAGGUGAGAAGCUGCAAAACUUCUCCCUGGCGCCGAAGCGGCGACGCCGAAACGGGGAAGAUGACACGGAUGCCGUCGUUAUCUCCACCGUGUAUGACGCUCCGCUCGCCCGCGACCAGCCCAGCUCGCUGCUGCGGAGACGGGGACAUGGGCGGCUCAAGCUCCGGGACAGAGGAGACGCAGGGAGACGGGGUGCGACGUAGGAGACAGACACGGUGCAAAGUAGGAGACACGGGGAAAUGAAGACAAUGUCCAGCGUGGGGGAGACAGGCUCAGGAAGGAUGUGGACAAGCAGAUGUACAGUGUUCCUAGAGAGAGACGUGGAAAGAUCUGACUGUGGUGACCCAAGAGACGUACAUGUGAUGACCUUAAAGUGCACUUAGCUUUGUACAAGCAGCUUGGUGAUGGCACAGCCGCCGAGUGUUGGAUGGCAGCUGUUAUCAUAAAACACCAUCACGUGUGCGGUCAUCUUUAUUCCAAGGUUAAAAUUUGGUUUUAAUCACAAAUAUCCCAAGUAAAACACAAUUUGUUUAUAAUAAAAUCGUGGUUUUC